ACGUCAGCACGCAGCCGCGCAGGCGCAGAGCCGCCCUUUCCUGAGGCGCGAUCCCCGUCGGCUGAGGGGCCGCUGAGCCACCAUGCAGCUCUUCAUCCGCGCCCAGGCCCUCCACACUGUCGAGGUCUCCAGCACCGAGACCGUCGCUCAGCUCAAGGAGCGGGUGGCAGCGCUGGCCGGUGUCCCCCCCGAGGACCAAGUGCUGCUCUUCAGUGGGACCCCCCUGGACGAUGAUGCUGUGCUGGGACAGAGCCCCCUCCCCGAAUUGGCCACCCUCGACCUCUCCUCGCGACUCCUCGGGGGGAAAGUCCACGGUUCCCUCGCCCGCGCUGGCAAAGUGAGGGGCCAGACCCCCAAGGUGGCCAAGCAGGAGAAGAAGAAGAAGAAGACGGGCCGGGCCAAGCGGCGCAUGCAGUACAACCGCCGCUUCGUCAACGUCGUGCCCGGCUUCGGCAAGAAGAAGGGGCCCAACGCCAACUCCUGAGCGGUGGCACCAGUAAACGGGAACCGGAUUGGGGCCAAUUCCC